UUAAUUAGCAUUUCUUUGAUUAUCAUCAUCAGAAGAAGAGAAAAUGGGAGACAGCACUAUGACAUGCAUAGACAUUCUUCUGGCCAUCAUCUUGCCUCCCCUUGGUGUUUUCCUCAAGUUUAAAUGCCAGGUGGAGUUCUGGAUCUGUGUUUUGCUGACUCUCUUUGGGUGGCUACCUGGUAUCAUCUAUGCUAUUUGGGUCCUCACCAAGUGAUCAUCAUAUGGUGGAUAUUUGAAGACCAUAUUACUACUAAGUAUCUUCAUUUGCGCUAAUGGAGUAUCUAGCUACCUUUCCUAUUUAUUCUUGGCUUUUGGUUAUUUUUCUCUUGUGGACAGAUUGUGUGAUGAAACAUAUAUCGUGCUACUAUUGUGAGUCAUUUGGGAUUGUACUGUAACUUCCACUCUGUAUUUUAUUGGAUUAUGUUGAUUGUGUUA